AUGCACGCGUGCCCCAGCUGCAUGAGUGCGUGGAGUGUGCGCUCUGCCUCCGCCUCGGGCUCGGGGUACAACUACGACGUCGCCUCGCCCUCUGCAUUCGGCCUCGGCAGACGAUACGCCCACGCCGCUGCGAUGCCGGAGGAAGAAGCUGGUCCCUCCCGUCCGCACCGCGAUGCGGACUACAAGUUUCCCGAGAGGGGUGCGCGCGGGGGGCCGCCAGACCCAUUCGAGAUUCUCGGUCUGGAGCGUUCAGCGCUCCCAGGCGAGAUCAAGGCGAAGUCAGACUACAAGCUCGCCUUAAUCCUGCACCCGGACAGCUCGCACCCGGCCGCCUCGGCCGAGCACUUCGCAACGCUCAACAAGGCGUACAAGCUGCUCAGCGAUCCGGCACAGCGCCGCUCCUUCCUCCAGACAGGGUACGGGUGGGCGUCGAAGAGUGGCGGCGACGGCGUGUCGGCGUACGACCAGGCCUUCCACGAUGCGGUGCGGCACGCGAAGCAGGCCGGCGCGGCGGAAUGGCGCGGGCGCGGGUUCCGCGACGCCGAGGCUGGCUCGGGAGCGUGGACGUACGCGCGGUACGCCGAGUUUGCCCGCGCGUCCGAGGGCAUGGGGCAGGGCAUGGCGGGCGAGUGGGCCAAGAGCCACGGCUUCUACGACCACAGGCGGUACGGGGCCAACUGGCAGGCUGGGGCGAAUACGCACGGCGGCUGGCACCCCUACAUGGCAGACGGGAAUCCGGGGCAGGGCACAGGCGAGCCGAUCUACAUGUCGAACCUGCGCUUCUUUGCGCUCAUCGCCGCGUUCAGCGGCAUAUUCGCGUUCGCGCAGAUGUUCCGCGUCACCAAGUCUGCCGAGACACACAAGGAACUCCUCAAGGACAAACAUAUCCAGUCAGUAACCCCUGAAGACGGAAAGAGGAGGAAGAGGCUGACAAACAGUGCGUCCCAGGCGCUGGCUGAGGCGAGGGAGGAAGCGAAGAAGUUUGGACACCAGCGCAGGGAACAGAUCAAGCGCCGCGUGAAGGAGAGUAACGUCCUCAAGGAGAUUGACCAGAUGGAGGUCGGCGGAGACACCGGACAUCGCCGUAUCGCCCCGCCGUCCAACCCCGAGCCGCCGGCCACAGCGGCGCACUAG